AUGGCUCACGCAAGACGCUCACCGCAACAUAGAGCAACGUCACCAUCUGUCAGUUCUCCAUCCACUACUCGAAAGAACUCCUUAAGACGUUCCACGAGCAGAACAUCGUCUCGUGCGCCUACCGAAUUCAUUCCAUCUACGUCUUUCCACACUCUCAGACCUGUCUUGGUUCCUCUCGAAUCAAAUCUACGUCGUCAACCAUCCAGAACCGCCCUUACUCACAAAGUUGACGGGCUGGACCAGCUGAUGCGCGAUCCAGGUCAUGUGAUCGCCGGGUCCAAGAGAAAGCGCGUUACUAGCAGUAAUGAGAAUGCGCAUACUCACGGUCGACCGACGCGAGGCUCUGGAAGACUCAAACGUCUUCGGACUACUAGCGAGACUGUUUCGCGCUACCGACGUGCUUCGACUAGCGAAGAAAGUCGCUCAGAAGCCAGCGAAAUGGAAGUUGAUACCAGAAUUGACACACACGAGGAGGACACCGAGGGUUCCGACGACGAGGAGUGCCCGCAAGGUGGUUAUGAAGACGAAGAACAUUACGACUCGUCGGACGAAUUCCUACUUCACUCAGCUUCUCCAAAAAGACUAAACAGACUACUCAAACUUAAACUUGUAGAAUUAUACGAACUAUGUGGUCUAACAGGCACCCCACAAUCUUUAACAAAACAUGAGCUUGUAGAUGCCAUAGUCAACAACCGUGAUGGCUGCGCUUCAGUGCCACCAUCAUCACCACUGGGUAAAGGGGAUGGUGCAUCGUCGGAAUAUUCAAGUGACGAUGCUCAUUUUGCAGGAGACGAGGAAACGGACGCCGGCGGCUCACGCCUUCCCUCACAUGGCAGUCCCCUGAAACGGCGGGUAACCACGCACGAUUUUGGGGCAGCGCCAUUGCGGCCCUUGAAAAACCGUAGUCUCUCGAUGGGCAACAUUUCGGGCAACAAUGAAGUCCCAAGAUCUUUAAUAUCAGAAAGAAAACUGUUGAUGCAGCUGGAUGCGAAACAAAUUGAGUCAACUGGUCCGAGGUUAGUCAUGAGAAAAAAUACGGCUCGAUCUUCUCCAGCGACAAGCACCACAACAUCAUCAUUGAAAUCGUCGCCGCCUGCCACACGAUUGCGGUCACGUAAUGUUUCUGUCUCUGCAAACUCGAGUGUACCCGAGCCAACGAGCAGAGGUAAAGGGAAAGGCAAGGCUAAGCAAGUUGAAUUUAGUAAUGAGGUGGAAAUCCACGAGUCGUCAUUGAAACUGGGCUCGAGGGGAAAAGAGGUGCAGACACUUGUCGAUUCUGAAAGUGACUUGACGGAAUUGGAAGAAGAAGAAGAAGAAGAAGUGGAAGGUAGAAGAGAGCCUGUUGGAAUUCCUAGCCCUCGAAGACUUCGCAGCAAAGAUCGCGAAACGGAGAGAUCAGUGGCCAAGCAAGUAGAAGAUCCCGACGUGACUCCCAUUGCCAGAUCAAAGCAGCAGAGAAGAAUUCGGGGCGUCAGUCAUGAUCGAACUAUGGACAAUGCUGAGAGUUCCACGAAUCGUAAUCGACGAGUUACUCCUAUGCGGAAAGCGAAGAGAAAAGUCGGAAAUCUGAAGGAAUCCGAUCCUGAGGACCGUGAUGAAGAAAAGGAAGCAGACGAAGUUCAAGAAGAAGGAGAGGAAGAAGAAGAAGAGGAGGAGGAGGAUCUUCAGCCUGGCAACAAUGAAGACGACGACGACGAAGCCGGUGAGGAGGAUGAGGUCGAUGAACUAAUUUCAUCUGCUUCUAUAACACCUCCACCCGAAUCCCACGGGCGCCGCACCCCCCUUAGGAGGAGACUUCGGCCAAGAAAGUCAAGAAACAGGGUUGCACCUACCGUUGAUGAAGAGAACGAAGGAGACGAUGAGGAGGAAGCGGAAGGAGAGGAAGGGGAGGAAGGCAAUGAUGGCGAGGAAGAUGAGGAAGAUGAUGUGGAGGGUAAUCAACAAAGUAUAGCAGAUGAUGGAGACGAUGAGGUUACAAUUGCGGUUGAACCACGGAAAUUGAGGAAUGGAAAGAUAGUCGGUGAAGAAGACACAGAGAUGGAUGUUGAUGAAGAGUCCGUUGCAGACCAAGAUGAAGAUGGUGAAGUUGAGGAUGAAGUAGAUGAUGCUGCAAGCAUUGAUGUCGACGCUGAAGGGGAAACAGAUGAGGACGAGACCAUGGAAGAUGAUGUUGACUUAACGGUCGCCACAGCCAAAACCCUCGUCCGGAUGCGACGAGACGAUCUCGUGCGGCUUUGUGAAACGAGAGACCUCGAUCCAUCGGGAACCAAGCCUCAACUUGCUGAAGCCCUCUUACAAUGGAGAGAUCGGCAAGGGAACGAUUUCUCGUCUCCAUCUUCAGGAGGCACAGUCCGCCCUGCGUCUAAGAAGAAGAAAAGGACUAAACACCAUUCUGAUUCCACCAAUACCGCUGUUCCUGUUCUCCUUCGUUCUGCCCAUAAUCACACAGAUGAGCCUCGCACACCAGUACCUGGCAAGGAUAAAGAAGGGAAAGACAAGGAAAAUGAGGAAUUAGAGCUGGAUCUGGAAAGUCUGGGGCUGGAAGAUCGUGAAAUACCUCCUGAAAAGCUUACCAAGCUGGAGAAAAUUGGUAGUGGAGGCUUCAAGGAUGUGUUCAUUGGUAAGUUCAAGAACAGGAAAAUUGCCAUCUCAGAAUUUCGUGGCCAAUUGAGCACCAUGGAUAUCAAAGAACUUAAAUUGCUCGGCGCUUUCAAUCACCCCAAUAUCGUCCGAUUUCUUGGUGUCAGUAUACCUGAGAACACCAAAGAGACUCCAGUCAUGAUCGUCAGCGAGUUGUGUUCCAAUGGUGACCUCUUCGAUUAUAUUCGCAAUACCAAUGCGCCCUCUUUACGCAAAGUUUUGUUGAUGAUGCUUGACAUCGCCAGAGGCCUUGAAUAUCUCCACACCAGGAAGCCUUCAAUUAUCCAUCGUGACUGCAAAUCUUCCAACAUUCUCAUUACAGCUAAAGGUACUGCCAAAAUAGCGGAUUUUGGCCUUGCCAAGGUGAAACAAUCCACUCGCUCGAUGGUACGCAGUCUAGUUGGCACUGUCAACUGGCAGGCUCCCGAGUUGUGGACGGCACAUCCCAAAUACAACCACAAAGUGGAUACAUUUUCUUGCGCGAUGGUAUACUGGGAAAUGCUUCAGUGGCAUGCGCAGACCAAGAAAUUUCCUUGGGAGGGGAUGAACGAACAUGCAAUUUAUGAGAUUGUGGGUGCUAAACGCCAAAGACCACCUAUUAACAACCUUCGGAAACAAUGGUGCCCGGAAAUUGUUGACCUUAUGGAAAGGAUGUGGGCACAAGAACAUCAAGACAGACCAACUAUGACUGAAGUAGUUAAGGCACUUGAAGAACUUUUGGCGACGUAUUAA